UAAAGCUAUCCUGAAGCCAAGGCUGGACAGCCAGUACAAGGGAAGUGUUGCUUUUUUAAAUGGACAUCUGCUCUUGCGGUAUGGCCCAGAUAUCCAGUAGCAAUGGAUUUAAACAGCGCUCCUCACCUUUGGCAUCCAUGAGGUCAAAAGAUGUGGACAAAGAGGAGGCAUUGCAGAUGGAAGCUGAGGCAUUAGCUAAGAUGCAGAAAGAAAGAAGUGUAGCUGGUAAUAAACAAACUUUUCAUUCUUUAAGCAGCACCAGACAAAAAGCACAGACUCAUAACAAACAGGACCAUGAUCUCAUGGUGUUUCCAGAGUCUGAUGCCAAGAGCAUGGAAGAUAAACUAAGUACCAUUGACAUAGAGAAGCUUACUCAUGCUGAACUAGAAAAGCUGCUGCUGGAUGACAGUUUUGAAUCUAGUAAAGUACCUACGUUACCAGCAAGUCCGAUUUUGAGCCCAUCUGUGUCUUCGCAAUUUUAUCUUGGGCCUACAGGUCAGAGAAGACAGUGGACGCCUGGGCUACCAGCACCUGUGACAUGCACUUUACCUCCUAUUUACCCCUCAGCUCCUUACACAAAACAGACUGCUGGUGUAUUUCAAAAUGGAUUCCAUCCAAGUAUUUCCUCCUAUCACUCUAGAGAACCUAUUUAUCUUGGUCUUCCAAGACAGUCGCAAUACAUUUCAUACCCAUUGGCAGCUACUACACCUUUCCAUCCACAAGGAAGCCUACCCAUAUAUCCUCCAGUACUUACACCAGAAAUGGCAAAAGUAUUUGACAAAAUUGCAAGCACCUCUGAAUUUCUGAGAAAUGGGAAGUCAAGCACGGACUUAGAAAUGACUGCUAUAAAGUCUGCAGUUUCUAACCUGCCAGCCUCAGAAAGCUGCAGGGAUGUUAGUAAAUUUGAUUGGUUAGAUUUGGAUCCCUUAAGUAAACCAAAAGUAGAUAGUGUGGAGGCUUUAAAUAAGGCAGAGAAUGAUGGAGAGAGAGCUUCAAGUAUGAGUGCUGAAGAUCCGUGGGAUGCUGUGCUGUUAGAAGAAAAGCUGUUAGUAACGUGUCAUCUGGAAAGAAAGGUUAAUGGGAAGUCUUCUGGGGCAACAGUUACAAGGAGCCAGUCCUUAAACAUGCGAACAACGCAACUUGCAAAGUUACCCGGCCAAACAUCACAGAAAGACAAUGGGACCACUGGCAUGCUGACAGAAAAUGUGCUUCACCAAGAAAUUGAAGGGCAGAAUCAAGAACUGUCAGCUUUUUCUCAAGCAGUUACAAAAUUGAGGACCAAGUUUCCUUACAUUAAUCAACAAACAAAUCCAGGCUUUGUGCUGAGUCCAAUCAUGCUGCAAAGAAAUAUAAAUGGGGAGAGUGCCAGUAUCAAGGUUUCUAUAGAAAUUGAAGAAUUCCAGCAACCAGUAACUUUUACAUGUGAUGUGAGUUCCCCUGUUGAGCUUAUAAUAAUGCAGGCACUUUGCUGGGUGCAUGAUGACUUGAGUGAAGUGGACUUUGGCAGCUAUAUCCUCAAAGUCUGUGGCCAAGAAGAAGUUUUACAGAAUAAGCACUGUGUAGGAAGCCAUGAAUAUAUUCAGAACUGUCGGAAGUGGGACACGGAAAUCAAGCUGCAGCUCUUGACCCAUAGUGUCAUAUGCAGAGAUCUGGCUCGAACAGAAGAUGAUGACAGAACACCCAUACAUCUAACCAAACACCUCUACAAAGUAGAAAAGCCUUUCAGAGAGCCUAUUAUAAGGCCUUCUAUUGAUGAGCUUCUUGAUGUGUAUCACAAGCAUGUUAACAUAGCUCUUAAAACUGAGAACCAGCAUAAAGCAGUAGAUCAUGUAAUUAAGACUGUCAGAAAAAUCUGUUCUACAUUGGACUGUGUAGAGACUCAAGCAAUAACGGAAUCGGUGAAGAAGCUCAGGAGAGCUGUUAAUCUUCCAAGGAUUAAAAAUGCAGAGGUGUCCCUAAAAUGUGGUGAUGACACUAGCAAGAGCUCAUCUGGUUCACUGCAGCCUGAAAACCCUCUGAAAGUCAAUAUAGACCAGUUAACAACAGCAGUUGAGGCCCUUCUGCAACUCCACAUGAAUUCAUGUAGCAGUUCUGCAGCAGUUUCUCCAAACGAUAGCAGGAGUGCUAAGGAAGCAUGGACUGCCACAGAACACCUCCAGUUCACAAUAUUUGCUGCACAUGGGAUUUCAUCUGGUUGGGUAUCAAAUUAUGAAAAAUACUACUUGGUUUGUUCUCUGACCCAUAAUGGAAAAGAUCUGUUUAAACCUGUUCAUUCCAAGAAGGUUGGCACGUACAAGAACUUCUUCUACUUGAUUAAAUGGGAUGAAUUAAUAAUUUUCCCUAUCCAGAUUUCACAGUUGCCUUUGGAAACAGUCUUAUGUCUGACUUUGUUUGGAAUCUUAAAUCAAAGUAGUGGGAGUUCUCCUGACUCAAAUAAGCAGAGAAAGGGCCCAGAAAUGUUGGGUCAGGUUUCUUUGCCUCUUUUUGAUUUUAGGAGAUUGUUAACUUGUGGGACAAAACUCUUACAACUCUGGACCUCAUCACAUCCACAUCAUGUACCAGGGGUGGCCAGUAAGAAAGGAAAUACAGAGAAAAUUGUACUGCAGAUUGACUUCCCAUCCCAUGCUUUUGAUAUUGAAUAUAAAAUUCCUCAAGCUGCAAAGACUACUGUGCAUCAUUCCAUAGAAACACUAGAAAAACCAUUGAGAGAACGUCUCCUUGGCAUUCUUUCCAAGGAUAACACUAUUGGGCUGUCAAAAGAAGAUAAAGAAUUUCUAUGGGAGAAGAGACAUUAUUGUCAUAAUCAUACUAGUAGCCUACCAAAAAUACUGGCUAGUGCCCCUCACUGGGACUGGGCAAGUCUUCCAGAAAUAUAUUCAUUACUUCAGCAGUGGCCUCCUUUAUCACCCUUAGCUGCACUGGAACUACUUGAUUCAAAAUUUGCUGAUCAGGAAGUACGAAGUAUGGCUGUGAAUUGGAUGGAGACAUUAAGUGAUGACGAGCUAACAGAUUUCCUCCCUCAAUUUGUGCAGGCAUUGAAGUAUGAAACCUACCUUGACAGUGCUCUUGUCAAGUUUCUUUUGGCUCGGGCACUGGGAAGCAUUCGAAUAGCACACUAUCUAUAUUGGCUCCUUAAGGAUACGCUGCAUGAUACGAAGUUUGGUGUAAGGUAUGAGCAAAUUCUUGGAGCUUUUCUUUCAGUCUGUGGAAAAAGGCUGAGGGAAGAGCUUGAGAAGCAGACCAGACUGGUGCAGCUUUUUGGAAUGGUAGCAGAAAAAGUAAAGCAAACAAGUGGAUCUGCUCGGCAGGUUGCUUUGCAAAAUGGUAUGGAACGUGUGCAGUUAUUUUUCCUGAAGAAUAAAUGUCGCUUGCCUCUCAAUCCCAGUCUUGUGGCAAAAGAGCUAAAUAUUAAGGCCUGUUCUUUCUUCAGCUCCAAUGCAGUACCAUUGAAAAUUGCACUGAUAAAUGCAGACCCUCUGGGAGAAGAAAUUAAUGUGAUGUUUAAGGUUGGAGAAGAUCUGAGACAAGAUAUGUUGGCUUUGCAAAUGAUUAAGAUCAUGGAUAAGAUUUGGCUGCAGGAGGGACUAGAUCUACGGAUGGUUAUCUUCAAGUGUCUCUCAACUGGAAAAGACCGAGGCAUGGUAGAACUUGUUCCUGCUUCAGAUACACUUAGGAAAAUUCAAGUGGAAUAUGGAGUGACAGGUUCUUUCAAAGACAAGCCUCUGGCAGAGUGGUUACGAAAGUACAAUCCUACAGAGGAAGAAUAUGAAAAGGCUUCAGAAAACUUCAUUUACUCUUGUGCAGGAUGCUGUGUAGCUACUUAUGUAUUGGGAAUUUGUGACCGCCACAACGAUAACAUAAUGCUCCGAAACACAGGGCAUAUGUUUCACAUUGACUUUGGAAAAUUUUUGGGUCACGCGCAAAUGUUUGGUAGCUUUAAAAGGGAUCGUGCUCCCUUUGUGCUAACAUCAGACAUGGCUUAUGUCAUCAACGGUGGUGAAAAACCCACAAUUCGCUUUCAGUUGUUCGUGGAUCUCUGUUGUCAAGCUUACAAUUUGAUAAGAAAACAUGCAAACCUCUUCCUUAACCUACUUUCAUUGAUGCUUUCUUCUGGGUUACCAGAGCUAAGUGGGAUUCAGGAUUUGAAGUAUGUCCAAGAUGCUCUCCAGCCCCAAACAACAGAUGCAGAAGCUACCAUUUUCUUUACAAGGUUGAUUGAAUCCAGUCUGGGAAGUGUUGCCACGAAGUUUAAUUUCUUCAUUCACAAUUUGGCUCAGCUGCGUUUCUCAGGUCUACCUUCUAAUGAUGAACCCAUCCUUUCAUUUUCUGCUAAAACAUAUUCUCUCAAACAAGAUGGCAGAAUCAAACAAGUGUCUGUGUUUACAUAUCAGAAGAGAUAUAACCCAGAUAAACACUAUAUCUAUGUAGUGAGAGUUUUGAGAGAAGGGCAAGUUGAGCCAACGUUUGUCUUCCGAACAUUUGAUGAGUUCCAGGAGCUCCACAACAAACUUGGCAUUCUCUUUCCUCUUUGGAAGUUACCAGGCUUUCCUAACAAGAUGGUUCUGGGAAGAACACACAUAAAAGAUGUAGCAGCUAAAAGAAAGGUGGAGCUCAACAGCUACAUACAGAGUCUGAUGAACAGUUCUUCAGAGGUGGCAGAAUGUGAUCUUGUUUAUACUUUUUUCCACCCAUUACUUCGUGAUGACAAAGUGGAAGGAAUAGAUGGAAUAGCCAGACCUACAGAUGCAAGUCCAUCAAGUCCUACCUCAGGCAAAGUGGGAGGAGAAGUGAAGCUGUCCAUAUCAUAUAGAAAUAGCACUCUAUUUAUCAUGGUGAUGCACAUUAAAGACCUGGUUACAGAAGAUGGUGCAGAUCCGAAUCCAUAUGUAAAAACAUACUUACUUCCAGAUACACACAAAACCUCCAAACGCAAAACCAAAAUCUCCCGGAAGACAAGAAAUCCAACUUUCAAUGAAAUGCUUGUGUACAGUGGAUACAGCAUGGAGACUCUAAAACAGAGAGAACUGCAGUUAAGUGUGCUCAGUGCAGAGUCGUUACGCGAGAACUUCUUCUUGGGUGGAAUUACACUCUCACUAAAGGACUUCAACUUGAGCAAGGAGACCAUUAAGUGGUAUCGACUAACUGCUGCAUCCUAUCUGUGA